AUGGAGAAUGACCAUAUCGACGAAAUGGACAUUGAAGUCCUUUCUUCAAUGUGGCCUGAAGAUAUGAACGAAGCUGGAAAGCAAUUUAACAUAGAAAAACCAGGAGUUGAUCAAGAUAUGUUGGAGGAUAUUACUCUCAUGGAGGAGCCUACCAUAGUUGAUUUCAAGCGUCUCUUAGAGCUAACCAACUACAGUGAGAAGGGCUCCUCUCAGUUGGCUUAUCUUGUCAAAAACUGGGAAUAUAAGCAAGCCAAUGCUGUACGACUUCUUAGAGAAGAGCUGGACCACCUUAACAGACAACAGCAAGAAGUUGAGCUCAAGAAAUUGGAGAUAUUGGAGGAGCAUCGUUUUGAGGAAGAAGGAUACGGUGGCGAUAAGCGUCCAAUUUCUGUUAUGGACGAAAUUUAUGAUAUAUGGCAAGAUGUUCCUCGCAGGAGAAAUGAUGUUGUAGUUCAAGAUAAGAGACUGGAAAUAGAUGCCGAGUAUGACACUGUUGUAUACUGGAAGCAGCAUGCUAUGCGGUUAGAGAAACUAUUGGAGGCAAGCAUCCAGCGAGAGCAGGUACUGCUUGAGAAAUUGCAGGAAAGCAUAGAAAAUCUGGAAAGGCAGUCGUCACCAGUGGAGGAAUUGUCCCAGAUUUUGAAACGAGCCGAUAAUUUCUUACAUUUUGUUCUUCAAAAUGCACCAGUUGUUAUCGGCCAUCAGGAUAAAGAUCUUCGCUAUCGCUUCAUCUAUAAUCAUUUCCCGAGUUUGCGAGAGGAGGACAUCAUAGGAAAAACAGAUGUGGAAAUUUUCAGGGGUGCUGGUGUCAAGGAAUCCGAAGAUUUCAAAAGAGAAGUUCUAGAGCGAGGAUCUCCUGCAAAAAGAGAAAUUACGUUUGAGACAGAGUUAUUUGGGUCAAAGACAUUCCUUAUAUACGUGGAACCUGUGUUCAGCAAGGCAGGAGAUAAAAUCGGUGUUAAUUAUAUGGGAAUGGAAGUAACUGAUCAGGUGAGAAAAAGAGAAAAGAUGGCAAAGCUUCGAGAAGAGAUUGCUGUACAAAAGGCCAAGGAGACAGAGCUGAACAAAACGAUUCAUAUAACAGAGGAAACUAUGCGGGCCAAACAAAUGCUAGCGACCAUGUCUCAUGAGAUAAGAUCUCCUUUAUCAGGUGUUGUAAGCAUGGCUGAGAUUCUUGCCACCACAAAUCUUGACAAGGAGCAGCGACAGCUGCUGAAAGUCAUGUUAUCUUCUGGUGACUUGGUCCUUCAACUUAUAAAUGACAUCCUCGACCUUUCCAAGGUUGAGUCAGGAGUCAUGAAGUUGGAAGCUACAAAAUUCAGACCCAGAGAGGUAGUAAAGCAUGUCCUUCAGACUGCUGCAGCAUCAUUACAAAAGAUGCUAACCUUGGAAGGACACAUAGCAAAUGAUGUUCCUGUGGAGGUGAGAGCCUUACUUUGUCAUUAUCUACUCUAA